UGUCACAAUUUUGUUCUUUAUUUGCAAAAGAGUCAAAGAACAGAAUAUGUAAAAGUGCAAACUAUGUAUAGAUGAGUAUACAAUGUGAUAUUAACACAAAUAUAAAACUUUCAAAAAACUAGUAACAAUAAAAGGUAAAACAAAAAAUAAAACUAUACAGCCAAUAAAGUGCAAAUGAUCGUGCACAGUGUUUAUAAAGUGCGCAGUUCUUCAUGUCUUUUGCUGACACGCCUCCAAACGGACGUUAGAGGAAAUCUCUCUCCAAGAAUUCGCCGCCAUCUGACAGUCUUUAUAGUCCGGCGAAGAGGAGUCAUACAGAUGCGUGUAUUUCCCAACCUCUUCAAUCAGACGCUCAGUAACUUGGUCGAUGUCGAUGCUCGCCAUGUUGUUCUUUUGUAGACUCUGAACUUGCCGGAAGAAGACGCCAGAGAAGAAGACGCCAGAAAUGCGUAGAAGGAAGUACGAUGCUGCCAAACCGACCAAUCACAGCGCUUGCGGUCCGCAUAGGGUCCGCGUUGAGUUGACACUUUGUUACAUUUUUGGAGAGGUGCGUAGGUCCGACGCAGAACCAUAAAUUGGGCUUUACACAGAACUGCUGACUAAUGUCUCAGCGCAUGCGCUAGAUGAGAUCAACAGGUUAGGCCGGCCCAUGCGCAGGGAAUUCUGCAGACACCUUUAAGAAAAUGCACUCCAAAAGUGUGUAUUCUUAAAUAGCUGGCUUAAUAGAAAAUAAAUAAGCAAUAAUGUGAAUAAGAAACUAAUUUAAUUUAGAAUUUUAUCAAAUCAUUCAUAAAAAAACAUCCGUCAUGUUUACGUAUAUGUCUGACAUCCACUCCUCCCAUCCGCUCGGUUUUUGGUCGUUCGCAAGGAUUCCUGUGUAGGUCUUUCAGUGGAGGCGGUGCUCGCGAGCACACCUCUGAGCGCUAAAGAGACAAACGGGACAACCUAUACGGACUCGUAGACUUGGCGAGCACGCGCAUUUUGUAUCCACGAGACCACAAGUCGCAAGUUCACAUGAAGUGCGCCAUUUGGGACAGGGCUCCCCGUACCACACCGUUUUCAGGAAACUUGUGGUUCAAGACAGAAACCGAAGAAAACGUUGCGCACCGGUUUGAGCUUGAACGAGCCCCUGUUCGAGUGUUUCACUAUUACAGUUUGAGAAGAGUUCGGUUUCGGUUUUCAGCGCUAAAUCUGAGAAAUGUCCUCCUCGAGUACCCCAACAGAGUCUCAAGGCUCAAGGAAAGGCAGGAGUGGCAGCUUUGAUUUUGACAGUCCAAACAUGUCCGUGAGGAGGAUGGUUCUGGUAGGAAGAACUGGAGCUGGUAAAAGUUCUUCAGGAAACACAGUUCUGGGCAGAAGAGUCUUCAGAGCGGCCAAAAGUGCUUCAUCUGUCACUAAAGAGUGCUGGAAGGAGACGGGCGAGGUGUGUGGUCAUCAGAUGGUGCUGGUGGACUGUCCAGGUCUGUUUGACACCUCACAGUCAGAGAAAGAACUCAUAAGAGAGAUCAGUAAAUGUGUGAACAUGACGGCACCUGGACCUCACGCCAUCGUUCUGGUCAUUCAGCCGGGUCCAUUCACAGAGGAGGAGAGAAGGUCUGUGGAGAAGAUCAGAGCAAUAUUUGGAGAAGAAGCAGAUAAACACACGAUCAUCCUCUUCACUCACGGUGAUGAACUGACAGACAGCAUCGAGCAGACGCUGAGUGAAGCGCGACAUGAUUUAAGACACGUCAUAGAUCAAUGUGGAGGAGGAUAUCAUGUGUUUGACAACACAAACAUCAAUGAUCGCAGUCAGGUGGUUGAGCUUCUGGAGAAAGUUGAUAAGAUGUUGCUCGUGAAUGGAGACGAGUAUUACACCAGUGCCAUGUUUCACGGUGUUGAAGAGAUGCUUCGGGUCAAAGAGGAAGAGUUAAAGAAACACUACAGUCAGAUUAUACUGGAUUUAACAGAGACGUUUAAUGAAGAGAAGAGAGAACUGCAGGACACCAUUGAAAAACUCAAACGAUCUGACAAGGAAAAGGAUUUGAAAAUGAAAGAGUUGGAGGAGUUAGUGAAAAUGAAGGACAGAAGUUUAGUGGAGUUUACGCGUUUUUAUAAACAGAAAUGCAGGACUGCAAGACAAGAGGUGGAAGAGACACAAGUUAAUGAAAACAUCCCAGAACAAAUCAGCACUAAACUACGAAAGCUUCGUGUCUGACAUAUACCAGUACACUAGAAGAUAUUAUAUUUUUUUAAUUAUGCAUUUGAAUAUAUUACAAUAUCCUUUAUUACAAUAUUAUGCUAUGCCGUAGAUACUUGGUUUUAAAAGCGGCUGUUUUGUUCCAGUGUUUCGACAAUCUGUGCUACCCAGAAUGAGCUACCCUCCACUGACUUUAGGUUUCGGAUUUGGGUGGGGUGGAGGGAUUCGUCUUAUGUUUUGUAUGGGAGGUAGCACAGAUCGCCAGAACACCAGUAUUGUUGUGAGGUACAUUACCCAUAAACCAUUGGCCAGACUCAUUAUCCACCAUUAUAUUCACCUGUGUGCUGUUAACUUGCUGUCUGUCUUUUUAAAGCCCGGUCUUUCAUUCAUUUUGUGCAAAGUCUUGUUUGUGUCACUGCAAUUGUGAGCGGUUGCUGUCUGGAUAUCUGUUUUUGUCUUGCUUUGGUUUUGUCUUGGAUUACUCUGUUUGCCUUUAACCUUUGGAUUUGUUUGCCCUGGUUGGACUGAUCACCUGUGUUUAGAUAAAUGCCUGUUUUGGGAUUAUUACUUUAGAUUACCCCUCAAAUGAUGCUGCAUUUGGAUCCUCUACCUUUGUGUCUGAGCAGUUCGUGAAAAUGGAAGUGCAGCAUCAGAAUGAUGCCAAAUUAUUUUCUUUCGCAUAUACUGGAAUCAAAAUGCUCCAUAUUAAUCAAUAUGGAGACAGCUGACAGUAAGACAGAAAAUGAGUGUUCAGACACAGUGCUAAAAUCAUGCCAUUGAGAAAUAGUUGUGCUGCUUUAUUGUGUGGCUUCCACCCCAGCGUGUGGAGCACAAAACUUCUGAUAACAUUUGAUGACUGCUGUCACGUUUUGUUACCACCCUGUUCUACAUGUGACGCACUAUGAGGUGGUUUUAACUGUUAUCACUACAUUAUUGAUCAGGUGAUUUGUUUUUUACAAAGUAAUUGUCUGGUAGACUGCUAUACUUUUAGUGGUACCAAGAUGCAUUUUUAUUUGGUCAGUUCUUUAAUAAUACACCGGUUUUAUAUUGUUUUAAACUGACUAUUCAAGAACAUUUACAAUUAGUUAAAUCAUUUUAUUCUAGUAUUCUGCGUAUAUUAUUUAUGUUUAAUUAAGAUUUUGAGACAUUAUUUUCGUCCUACACUCUAAAAAGGAAAAUUGUUCUAUAUAGCACAAAAAGUGGUUCUUUGCUCGUAAUCAUAGGGGACCCACUUUUAGUGCUAUAUAGAACCAUAUUUUGGUGCUUCAGUGGUUCUUCAGCGGUUCUUUGGGAUGACUGAGGCGCAAUAGAACCAUACAGGGGCGUAACAGGUUCUUUAUACGAAAACUGUGCUAUAUCGCACCUCGGUCACCCCAAAGAACCACUGAGGCACCAAAAUAUGGUUCUAUAUAGCACUUAAGGGGUUCCCCUAUGAUUACGAGCAAACAAACACUUUUUGUGCUAUAUAGGACCAUUUCUUUAGAAUGUAAGACCCAGAGUUUGUUUUUUAUUUCCAGAAAGAAAAAGCCUCCAUAAGUAAUUUGUUUGACUAAAGUUGCCUUUUUUUAUAUUCUAUUUCAAUAUUCUGACACUGUUUGCCUGUUUUGGGUGCUUUCUACGAAUACAUUGUGUAUCUUACCAGCAUUAUGUUCAUGCGAAGUGGUUGAGUCUGCUUAAGAUUUUUUCCUCCACGUAAACAGUUUCAGUUCCUUGCCACUGUCGUCUUUUCUCGUAUUGCUCAUUUGGAGUACUGGCCCUAAGAACUUCCUCUUUCAAUUUUUAACACUAUGCAAAUGUUAGAACCAGAACAGAUCAUUUAGAAUGGUAUCAAAAAGUUAAAUGAACAUCUUAUGUGAAACAAAAAUGCGAAAGUCAUCCUUGUAAGUGCUUGCUGUUUACAGCAAAAAAAUAUUUAUUAAUAAAACUGACCCUG